AUGCCUACCCCGAUCGCGAUCCCGCCAUACUCUGACAAAUGCGCCAUCUACUUGGGACCGGUCAUCUCAUUCGGAGUCAUCGCGUUCUUCCUCGUUGUCGCGCGUAUAUACACACGCCUUAAUAGAACAGGGAAAUUACAACUCGAUGACUGGCUCAUUCUCUUCGCAGAGCCACUGUCUCUCACUGGCAUAUGCCUUGCCAUUGCAGCGACCACUUACGAAUGGGGCCAACCAGCAGCAUAUUUUACACCCAAAGAUCUGACAAUAACUCUCAGACUACAAUUCGCGCUCCAAACCGUAUGGCUCUUAACACUAUGGCUGGUGCGCCUGUCUGUCGCGUGCUCACUGCUACGUUUUGGAACUGAGAGGGUAUGGCGAUGGCCAUUAUACUCCGUCAUGGGUCUUCAGACUCUGAUAUCCGGAGCCUAUGUAGUGAUUCAGUUUGCGCAAUGCAAUCCUAUUAGCGCCAACUGGAAUACGGGUAUCGCUUCCAAGUGCUGGAAUCUACGUCCGAUCAUCACCCUCGGAUGGAUCAUAGCUGGCGUCUACAUAGCAAUGGACCUGAUGCUGUCACUCAUGCCCAUCCGCCUAAUUCGAACUCUCAAUCGAUCGACAUCGGAAAAGAUACUCAUCGGCGUGCUCAUGGCCCUCGGUCUUCUCGCUACCACUAUCAAUUGCGCCAAAAUGACGACUUUCAGUUCCUUUGGCAAGGGCGACGUCAUGCAGGCUACAAUCCUGCCUUCCAUGUGGGCCAAGCUAGAAGAAGAAGUCGGCAUCAUCGCCACCUCACUCCCAUGGCUCAAAAGCCCUGUAGAGAACUGGCUGAAAAAGAUGGACUUGCUGAAGGAGCACCAGUUGACGAGACCGAGCGUCGUCGCGGAUCUGAGUCUACCGGCAGAUAGGGAUGACAGCAGUGACAGAGAUAUAGAGAGUGCUGGGGUAAUAAAAGCAAACUUUAGGUUCGAUUCUGCGGCUGUUCUUGGAACAAAGGGCUCAAGUACAAGCUUAAUCAACACCCAGAGAAAUAACUUCGGGGAUGUUGUCUGA